AUGGGACUUCUCCAAAGCAUCACGGUGGCCCAGAGCCUUGUCGGCAUGGCCAUGGCCGCCGCUGUGCACGCUGGUGGGGCCGGGACGAAGGGAUACGCGCCCUCGACCAAUCUCAAGCUCCCAUACGACCUCGGAGACGCGUCGGCCAUGGUCAGCGUGGCCAUGAAGAGGCCCUCGGUGGUGCUGGACGACCUGCCCUCGCUCGCCGACGUGAGAUGCGCCGACGGCAGCGUCGUCAUGACCUUUGACGACGCCGACGGACUCCAAGCCGUCAAGCACAGCUGGCCCAGCUCGGGCGACUUUUUGGUAGUCAUGAGCGAGAGCGCCGGCACCUGCAGCGGCGACAAGGAGCGCGGCUUCUUCCUGCUCGGCGAGCUCAGGCACGACGAGGAGAAGCUCACCGUCACGGCCGCGGCAGAGAAGCGGCGGCCCAGGGACGAGAUCCAGGACGCCAUCAUCGACUUCAGCCGCAGGACAAAGACCAUCAAGCGAAGCCCAGAGGACGCGCCCACGACCGUCACGGAGCCGACCGCCGACGAGAGCCGGUCGGAGCCGCUGCCGGUGGCCAGCGAGACCUUCGACGUGGACCUGUCAAACACCACGCUCGCCGACAGGCAGGGCCUGUACCUGCACGCCGAGCGCGCCCUGUUCACCAGCACGCUGCAGCUGGACGGCCAUUUGCACUACAACCUAGAAGAGCUGGAGCUCGACGAGUUCACCAUGCGGGUCGAGGUCGACUACGAUCUGGACCUCAACGUCACGGCCAACAUCGACGGCCGUCUCGGGCUGGACGUCAUUGGCUACAGUCCACUGUCGGCGUCCAUCUCCGCCGUCACCAUCCCGGGGAUCAUCGACAUCGGCCCCAUCGCCAGCUUCUCCAUCGGGGUCGAGCUGGCGGCCCAAGGCCCCGUCAACACCACGGCCGGAUACCGCUCGACCGUCGAGGGCGCCGUCGCCACCUUGAACCUGCUGGACGAGGACGGCAGCACGGCCUCGGGCUGGUCGCCGGAGACGUCGGGAUCGGCCAACGUCUCGACGCAGGUGGCGCUGCAGAUCAACCCGUUCGCCGAGCUGUCGGUGGGGUUCGGCGUCGACGUGUUCGAGGGCACGCUAGAGCUGACCGCCGGCAUCUCGGCGCGCCCGACGCUGGUCAACGCCUUCGUGAUCGGGUCCGACUUUUCGCUCGGCGGCGAGACCGGCGUCGAGCUGACCGGGCCCGCGUGCCCCGGCGCCGACGAGGUCGGGGGUUGCUGCCACAACGCCGCCUGGUACGAGAGCCGCUUCUGGUUCGAGGUGAACGCGGACCUCACGCAGUUUUACCGCGUGCCGCUGUACAAGCUUGAUCUGCCCAUCUACGUCGGCGAGUGCUGGGCGUUUGGGGACGCGGACAAUGCGACGGCGCCCGUGCAGCAGAAGCCAAAGUGCAACAAGAAGAAGAGGUAG